CAGAAUAGGACACACAGCCAGACAGCACUUACUGGGAGAAAACUGAUACCACUGAGAGAGAGAACCAAGCCAAAGCCCAACACUCUUCUCCUCCACACACUUGGAUACAUGACGGUGGUGACUUUGGAUUACAGUCCUAUGUCCCGUGUGUGUACAGCUACAUCUACCAGACAGAGGCGCCCGCACAUUCUGCACUAUGGCCAGGUGGAUUCUACCCUGGGAUUGCUGGAAAGUCUCCUUACUACUUCUGUUCAUGCAAGGUUUCCACACAGCCAGAACAGCCACACCAGUUAACAUUUUAGAAGCUCUGGAACUCAGCGAAUCCAUUGAAGGAGUAACGUUAGCAGCUGGAAUAUGCACGCACAGGCAAGGAAUUGAAGAGACAGAUAUUGCUUUCCGAUUGGAGAACAGGACUCAUUUUAGUGCCCCAACCAAGCAGUUAUUUCCAGAUGAAUCAUUCCCAGAGGACUUCUCCAUUCUCAUCACUCUGAAAGUAAGGAAGGGAGCACAGUUCUUCCUCUUCUCCAUAUACAAUGAAAAGGGAGUGCAGCAGCUGGGUAUAGAGAUUGGCCGAUCCCCAGUUUUUGUUUAUGAAGAUCAACAUGGAAACCCAACCCCAGAGAACUACCCCUUCUUCAAGAAGAUCAACUUGGCUGAUGGCAAGUGGCAUCGGAUUGCACUGAGUGUUGAAGGAAAAAAUGUGACCAUUUACGUGGAUUGUGAGAAGAAGCAGACCCAAUUCCUGGACCGUGAUGACAAUGCCAUUAUCAGCACAGAAGGGGUUACGUUGUUUGGGACACGACUACUUGAUGAGGAGGUCUUUGAGGGUGACAUCCAGCAGCUGCUGAUCGAUGAUGACCCCAGAGCUGCCAGUGAAUACUGUACCACAUAUAUGCCCAGCUGUGACUCUGCCCUCCUGUAUGGUUUGCAGGCACAAGAUCCAGUAUUCCCUGAACAGCCUCUCUUGGCCCAACAGCCCACCCCGGAACCUGCCCCUCGCAAAAAGGGCAAGGGGAAAGGUAAAAAGAAGGAUAGAAAGGGCAAAAAGAAGAAGAAAAAGUCUGUAGUUGAGCAGACAGAGCCGGUGCCCACUACUGUCAUAAGCACAACACAAGGAUUUACUACCUCAACUGCUACAGAGCCAGUCACUCUCUUCAUGACAGAAACAAAACCAAAGCCUACAGAAGACCCCCUUUUCUCAGAAUAUGAAUUUCCAGACUACUUGUACACACCGUCACCUGAAGAAGACAUCACCGUGUCCACCGUAACCGUCAGCGUCAAUGCGACUGACUAUGAGGACAUGACUGAAGAGUAUGUGACCGGAGAAGAGGAAGAUAACCGAAAACCAGAUGACUAUGAGAUGAGAGAGUAUGACGAAGAGGACUUUGAUGAAGGAGACGACAGAUAUGGUCCUCAGGAGCGUGGUACAGUGCAGACCAAGGAAACUGAACCUCAGAGCUUGAAGGGAGAGAAAGGAGAGCCCGCCAUAGUGGAGCCUGGCACCGUGAUUGAGGGUCCGAUAGGAUUCCCUGGGCACGCGGGAGAACCAGGACCGGCUGGACCUUCAGGACCUCAAGGACCACUUGGAGAUCCAGGUGAAAGGGGUCCUCCAGGACGACCUGGACUCAAUGGUGCUGAUGGUAUACCUGGACCUCCAGGAAAUACAGUGAUGCUUCCUUUCCAGUAUGGUGGUGAUUCCAGGGGACAGGUGUCCUUUCAAGAAGCUCAGGCACAAUCCAUCUUGCAGCAAGCUAAGCUGGCUAUGAAAGGUCCACCUGGCUCAGUGGGUCUGACAGGGCGACCUGGUCCCCUUGGUCCUCCUGGAUCGCAAGGUUACAAGGGGGAUUAUGGUGAUUCUGGCCCUCCGGGUCCGCGUGGCUUUCAAGGGAUCAUAGGUCCCCCAGGAAAGAUCGGUAAAAGAGGACGUGGUGGAGCAGAUGGUGGUCGUGGUGUGCCUGGUGAGACAGGAUCUAAGGGUGACCGUGGAUUUGAUGGCUUGCCAGGACUUCCAGGAGAGAAAGGGCACAGAGGAGAUGUCGGAAACCAGGGUCUUGCUGGGCAAACUGGAAAAAAUGGAGACAAGGGUUCUCCUGGACCUUUCGGGCCUACUGGUUCUUCCGGGGAAGCUGGUGCACGGGGCUUGGUUGGUCCAAGAGGUUCUCCAGGCCCACCAGGUCAGCAAGGUGUAAGCGGUAUUGAUGGAGCUCCAGGUCCAAAAGGAAACCAAGGCAUUCAAGGAGAGACUGGACCAAAUGGACAACAAGGAAACCCAGGACCUCAUGGUUUACCUGGACCUCAGGGUCCCAUUGGAAUGCCAGGGGAAAAGGGGCCACCGGGAAAGCAAGGCAUAUCUGGGUUGUCUGGAUCUGAUGGCCCUCCAGGACAUCCAGGGAGAGAGGGCCCUGCUGGAGAGAAGGGCAUACAGGGUCUUCCUGGCUCACCUGGUCCUAUAGGAUAUCCUGGUCAAAGAGGAGUGAAGGGAGCCUUUGGCAUCAGAGGACUGAAGGGAAGCAAAGGAGAAAAGGGUGAAGAUGGUUUUCAUGGUUCCAAAGGAGACAUGGGGAUCAAAGGAGACAGAGGGGAUUCAGGAACAUUAGGAGUACGUGGAGAGGAUGGUCCUGAAGGGCCAAAAGGGCAGUCUGGACCAUUUGGAGAAUCGGGCGCAUCAGGAAUUCCUGGAGAAAAGGGAAAGUUAGGAGUUCCAGGCCUCCCAGGAUACCCAGGACGUCUGGGUGCAAAAGGUUCUACAGGAUUUGCUGGGCCACUUGGUUUGGCUGGAGAAAAGGGCAAGAGGGGAAGAGGAGGACAGCCCGGAGCACCAGGACAGCGGGGACCCUCGGGCACAAGAGGUGAAAGAGGUCAAAGUGGGCCAACUGGAAAGCCGGGGCUAAAGGGAGAUUCUGGCCAUGAUGGUAUUGCUGGAACCGCUGGAGAGAAGGGACCAAUGGGCGCCGUAGGGCCAGUUGGAUUUGCAGGACCAAAAGGACCCAAUGGACCCGGAGGGAAGGAUGGGCUACCUGGACAUGCAGGCACAAGAGGAGAGCCAGGAUUUCAAGGCAAAACAGGUCUUCCAGGACCAACUGGAGUUGUUGGACCACAGGGCAAGUCAGGUGAAACUGGUCCAAUGGGAGAACGAGGUCAUCCAGGGGCACCAGGAUCUCCAGGAGAACAUGGAUUGCCAGGUGCAGCCGGAAGGGAAGGAGCCAAGGGAGAUCCUGGUACUUCUGGCAAUUCUGGUAAAGCUGGACCUCAAGGGCUUCGAGGGUUUCCAGGCGCAAGAGGAAUCGCAGGAGAAGCAGGUGCAGCUGGGCUAAAAGGUGGAGAAGGUCCAGUAGGUCUAGCAGGUGUAGUGGGGCCUACAGGAGAACGGGGUCCUCCCGGAUCAGCUGGAGGAAUUGGUCUUCCUGGGCGUCCUGGGUCACAAGGCUCUCCCGGACCGGCAGGAGAGAAGGGAAAUCCGGGUGAAAAAGGACCUGUUGGAAUAGGUGGCCAAGAUGGCACACAGGGUAGCCUUGGACCACCAGGACCCGCUGGACCUCCAGGGCCAGCUGGAGAUGAUGGAGAUAAGGGAGAAGUUGGAGGUCCUGGGCAAAAAGGAAGCAAGGGUGACAGAGGAGACAGAGGACCUCCAGGGGCUACUGGUAUACAAGGUCCUAUUGGAAUCCCAGGUCAAUCCGGCCAAGAUGGAGAUCCCGGUCGCAGAGGUCAGCCAGGAAUGCAAGGACAAAAGGGAGAUGAGGGAAUUCGAGGCUUUACUGGUGUAUCAGGUCCCAGGGGACUCCAGGGUAUGCCUGGACCUCCAGGGGAGAAAGGAGAAAGUGGACAUGUUGGGGCAAUGGGCCCGCCAGGUACAACAGGUCCUAGAGGUCCCAUGGGUCCCAACGGUGGUGAUGGACCUCCCGGAAAUCCAGGAGGAUUGGGCCAGCCAGGAGCUUUUGGAGACAAGGGAGAGGCAGGAGAAGGUGGAGAUCCAGGAUCACCAGGAGAAGUUGGUCCCCUGGGAGGUAAAGGUGAUAUUGGUGAAAAGGGUGAAUCUGGAGCUUCAGGAGCAGCUGGACCUCCUGGGAAAAAGGGACGUCCAGGCGAAGAUGGACCUAAAGGAAAUAUGGGGUCCAUAGGUUUUCCAGGAGACCCAGGACCAGGAGGAGAGGCUGGAAUACCAGGAGUUGAUGGUGUACCUGGAGAGAAGGGUGAUUCUGGAGAAAGUGGGAAUCCGGGAGCACCUGGACCUUCAGGAGAGCCUGGCCCAACAGGUCCACCAGGACGAAGAGGACAAUUGGGGGCUGCAGGCAAAGAGGGUCGUCAAGGUGAAAAGGGAGCAAAGGGAGAGCGUGGAACUGAAGGACCAGCUGGAAAGACAGGACCUGUGGGGGCACAAGGAUCUCCUGGAAAAUAUGGACCCGAAGGUCUGAGAGGCAUUCCAGGGCCUGCUGGUGAACCAGGUUUACUCGGAGCACCUGGUCAGACGGGACCUCCUGGGCCCUUGGGACCCAGUGGCUUGCCUGGUCUUAAAGGUGAUCCUGGAUUUAAGGGAGAUAAGGGUCAUGCUGGUCUUAUUGGCUUAAUUGGACCUCCAGGAGAAAUGGGAGAGAAAGGAGACAGAGGACCCCCUGGAAUUCAGGGUGUACCAGGACCCAAAGGAGACAUUGGAUCUGUUGGUAUCUCUGGACCAAAUGGACCACCUGGACCCAACGGCCUGGCGGGACAUCUAGGGCAGAAAGGUUCGAAAGGAAACCCAGGACCAAUAGGCAUGAGAGGAGAUCCCGGACAUGCAGGACCUCCUGGUCCACCAGGUCGCCCAGCACAAGCUGUACAGCCUCUACCAUAUGAAGCAUACGAGCCAACCAGAAAAAGGCGACGGCACUCUGAUGGUCAGCAAAAUGACAUGGGAGAGAUAGACUACAUGGCUGAUGGGAUGGAGGAAAUCUAUGCCACACUUGGGUCACUUAAAACAGAAAUCGAACAGAUGAGGUGGCCUGUAGGCACCAAAGACAGCCCAGGAAGGACUUGUAAAGAGCUUCAGAUGUGUCAUCCCAAUUAUAAAGAUGGUGAAUACUGGAUUGAUCCAAAUCAAGGAUGCAACAGAGAUGCCUUCAAAGUGUUCUGUAAUUUUACAUCUGGUGGAGAGACAUGUCUAUACCCAGAUAAAAAGUUUGAAUCGGUGAAAGUUGCAGCUUGGAAUAAAGAAACCCCAGGAGACUGGUACAGCACCUUUAAAAGAGGAAAGAAGUUCCAUUACAUAGAUGCUGAUGGUAACGCCAUCCAUGUGGUACAAAUGACAUUCCUCAAGUUGCUAAGUGCAGUAGGCCGACAAAACUUCACUUAUAACUGCCAGCAGUCUGUGGCGUGGUAUGACACAUCGAAGGCAAAUCAUGAACGGUCAAUAAAGUUGAGGGCAGACAAUGAGGAGGAGCUCAGUCACAGCCGCACACCACAGUUACGAGCAUUAUAUGAUGGGUGCCAACUUCGUAAAGGUGUAGAACGAACAGUACUCGAGAUCAACACCUACAAGGUUGAAAAUCUACCCCUUAGGGACGUUGCUGUCAGUGACUUCGGAGAUAACAACCAGAAGUUUGGUUUUGAGCUUGGGCCAGUCUGCUUUAAUGGCUAGAAAAACAAAUUAUGAAAAGAAAAAAAAAAUGAAAAGAAAACUCUUAAAGCAUCUUGCAGCCCAAGAAAGAAGAACUUUACGUUUCAUGGCCAGCUAACCAAGACACUUCCACUGGUCGCCACUGGCAAAGAUUUAUCUUAUGUGCUUUUGUUUUACUUUUUAUUUUGUGUUACAUAUUUUUGUCUUUAUUUUUAAUGCGGGGGAUGCUAGAUCUGUGUUUCUCACCCUUGCAGGGUUUCAUUAAAACCAAAUAAUAAAAAAUAUAACGGGAUAUGUUUGGCCCCCGGCGACCAUGGCUGUUAGAGGACAUGCUACCAUACUGAAAGUGGGAAAAAGUCUACGGCACAGCAGUCACUGUGCAGUUGCUGAAAGAGAUCAUAUGGAUCAUUUCUGCUCAGUAUUCAGGAUAUUCUGUCCCCAAAAUCUGAAGCUCUAACGGUUUUGCACUGGAACAUCAUUGAACAAGCAGGAUGUUUAUUGGCACCCUAUUCAUGGAACUUUUUGACACAAAGUUUUCUGAUUGCUUCAGGCCAUUGUCAGUCAUACACUGAACACUGUCUCCUCCUCUUCAGAUACUGGAUAUGCCCUGUUUAAAUAUCAAAUAUACAUUGUAUUAUUUUAUUUUGAACCCCAGUCUGUAGAUGGCACCAAAUGGAUUAGGCUGACAUGAAACUUGAGAUAAAAUAGCAAAAAAAAAAGUAAAUUUAUUGUAUAUUGUGUAUAUAUAGCUUCCCAAAUUCCCUAUAAUAAUAAAAAUGGGCUCUGUGUAUUAAGGUAAAGGAAAACUAUUAAAUAUUUGCUUUUUUAACAUUCAUAUGUUCUUCAAGUGUAUCAAGUGUCAGACUUUUAUAUACAUCCCAGAUCUGGUCUUCUUUUACAUCAUUAUAGCGCCUGCUAUAUAUAUUUUUUUUCCUGACGAUUUCCACUGAAACAUCAAAAAGAAUCUUAAGAACCAUAUUCCAGACUAUCAACGAUCUUUUUUGCACCAGGAAAAACUGCAUUAAUACACAGAUGCCUUCAGUACAUGGCCAUGUUUUCAAUUAUUGACAGUCCUAGAAGCUUCAUCUCUACAUACUUCAUCCCUUCUUCAAUAUGUUUUGAAGGAUUUAUUUACCAUUCCCGAAGGUCUGUCUUGCUGAUAGAUGAGUUGCCUCUUGAACUAAUUGCAAGUUGUCUUCUGCCAGCAUGUGUAAAUGUCACCGCUUCUCUCUUCCAUCAUGUUUGUUUUUUGGGGGCAACUUCAGCUACCUGACAGACAACUAUAAAACAAUAAGGUGAAACUUUCUCACAACCUCAGCAUGAAGAAUGAUGUCAGAAAACGACCUUCUCUCAAUUUAAGAGACAACUUAUACAGAAUGAAAUGACCAGCCGUUGGGUAGUGAUUUCCUUUAAAAAAUACUUGGUUUGUGAACUUAAGGUGCUCAUAACUUUACACAAAAAUUUGGGUUAGUUAAUAUAGUAACAUGGUUUGUAAUAUGCCAAGAUUGGAAUAAACUAGCAUUGGUAUUGUGAAGAUAAGGGUACAGGGCACAAGUUCAGUUUUAACCUUUUCUUCGCAAAGGGGGUGACUCUACAAGACAAUGAAAAUUUAACAUUAUAACCUUGUAAUUUCAUAUUAACCAAUAAGGUGAACAAAAAAAAUGUCUAAGAUCAAAUGAUAAAAGCAAUGGAGGACAGGAUUACGUGUUUGUCUGCCUAAUGAUCACCAUUUUACAUUUUUAAGUUUUAUAUUAUUUGUGUUCAUCUAUUGAAAUAUGAUGGUCAAUGAAUAGUAUCCAACCUGUGGGCACGGUAUGGUACACACUACUGAUAAAAGUAAUAGAAAGAAAAAAUAAACUGUUUUAAACCAUCUUUAAAAAGCGCAGUAGAAAAUAUAUUUUUAAAGUCAAGACUUCUUCCAUAUAAAAUGAUGUGCUUGUCACCCGCAGUCUGGAGGCAGCCAUAAAAUUUGCAUCUUCAUGGAACAUAAUGAUAUGGCUGCCCCCAGCAGUGUAUAUGUUACGGGUCACUUUAACUGAAUUAAUUUAUAAAGCAGGGUGUGAACAAAUGCAAUAUAUGUAACAGAGGUGCUACAGAACAAUGGAUGACCACUGUAAUGCUCUGAAGUUUUGUCCCCAUUAAUGGUGCUUACUUAAAACAGAACCCUAGCUUUUUGAAUCGAAAAACUAUAGCAAAAAUAUUUUUUCUACAAUAUACUGUAUAUUUAAAUUAUA